CCAAAAUGGCGGUCAAUGUGAGAAUGUAGAGUAUAAACACUAGUCAUCAAUGUCCUUCAUAUUACGACGACGAGGCAUUUACGGCGGUAGUAAGAAAAUUAAACAAGCUGUUUUUUCAUGGGGACUUAUUGAUUUGAAGAAAACAGCAAUCAGGAUGGCAAGCAGUAUGGAAGGAAACACUGAAGUAACGUUAAAGGAUGUUCAAGAUGCAUCUGUACGAAUCGCUCCGUUCAUUAACCGCACUCCCGUCAUGACUUGCGGGACCCUGGACAAGAUGGCUGGUAAAUCUUUGUACUUCAAAUGUGAGAUUUUCCAGAAAGUGGGUGCAUUUAAGUUCCGUGGAGCGAUGAAUGCAGUGCUGAACAUAACAGAAAACUGUUCCGAAGCCGAGCUACCAGUCGUUGUGACCCAUAGCAGUGGUAAUCAUGGCCAGGCACUUGCGCUGGCUGCGAAGGUCAAGGGUCUUAAAGCUCACAUCGUAAUGCCCAAUAAUGCACCUGCUAUUAAGAAAGCUGCCGUAAAGGAUUAUGGAGCAAAUAUCGUAGAAUGUGAAAUCUCACAACAGGACAGAGAAGCCGCGGCUGCUCGUGUUUUAAAAGAGACGGGUCCCAACUCGUACCUAGUCCCUCCCUACGAUAACAAGCACAUAAUAGCAGGACAGGGAACCAUGGCGUUGGAACUUCUUGAACAGGUGCCAGAUCUUGAUGCUAUUGUUGUUCCCGUGGGGGGUGGUGGCAUGUUGAGUGGUAUUUGUGUAGCAGCCAAGGGCAUAAAACCUAGUAUCAAGAUAUUUGCUGCAGAACCGUUACUUGCAGAUGACUGUGCCAAAUCAUUUGCUGCUGGCAAGAGAAUCCCUCUACCAGGCCCUCCAGCCACAGUUGCAGAUGGACUAAAGACAAGCUUAGGGUUCAUAACCUGGCCAAUCAUUCGCGACAAUAUAGAUGACGUCAUCACAGUCACAGAGUCCGAGAUUAUUUCCACAAUGAGACUAGUCUGGGAACGAAUGAAACUCGUUAUUGAGCCGUCAGCUGCUGUUGCAGUUGCGGCGGUAUUGAGUGAGAGAUUUCGUGGUGAAAACAAAAACGUGGAGAAGGUAGCUGUCAUAUUGUGCGGUGGAAAUGUUAACUUAGACAGUUUACCUUGGAAUAAAUAAAAUCAAUGAAGAAUAUGCAAGCAACCAAA